CUUCAAAAGUUUCGUUCCGCAAGUCGCAAGUGUGUCUAUAGUUGGAAGAGAACCGAUUUCGAAGUGGGUUGCUAUGUUCGUGGCAAAAGUAACGAAGAGUAGAAAACUAUUUUUUAUUGCGCGACCUCUGGAAUCGAGUUAGCGCGAUCGCGGAUCGAUACGUGGCUGGCUCUCGACGCGUUUCGUCGUCCAAUUAAACAGCACGUUAACGCCCCGCUUCAUUUCUCUUUAUUCUUCCCCUUUUUCUAUUUUUUCUCCCGUCAAAACGCUCGAACAGAAGACUGCCGUUUGAAUGCACGCGCGAUUAGUGCGGGUGAAAUUGGUGAUCGGAUCACGCUUGUCAUUAGCAACCAUCGAACCGUACCGUAUGAGAUUUAAACGUGCAAGUGCCGAUGGCUUCGUGACAGACCCUCUCUUUCGUUCGAUAUCCGAAAAUAAUCCGACACCGUUCCGUAUCCGUGCAUUAUCGCGAUUAAAUUAGAAAAACGGGUCGCUACGAACGGAGAAGACUGCGCCGUCCGAUUUUGAAAAACGACUGAACGCGAGAGAUCGAUUUCGACAGUUUCCUUUAGUUGCGGAUGUAAAGCGACGCGAUGACGAAUCUUGCGAUAAACGCGUAAAGAUGGUUUAAAAAGUUUGCCGCGCUCAAGGCCACGGGCUUGACGCAUCGAUCUGCAGGUUCUCUGGAUCGGGAGCAAGAACACGGCAAUAAAGAAUUGCGGCAGUGGCGCGCCGUUGGAAUUGAGGUUAGCGUGCCGCCAAACCUCUGGAUCCUUUCUUCGUUUUCUGGUAUUGACCGGGUGGGCGCUCGUGGCGUGCUACGCCAUCGCCAUCUUUCGGAGGUUUGGCUCACCGUUCGGAAAAAUGAGUUUGGGCGGGAGGGAGGUGCACGACUGACGCGAGUGAUUGACGAUUGGGAUGUGCGUUCCCAUCGUGAGGAACUCGGCUUCGUAAUCGCUUCGGCGAAGAAAAGCACGCACCAGUAAGCUACAACCGAUUGUGUGGAAAGAAAUUUCGCGACAUCUCGCGAGGUGAACGAACGCUGGCAAUGUCGAGGCGAAGGCGCGACAACGGUGUCCCGUGCACUCGAGUGGAGAAGAUUGGGCGAAUCGAAACAAUAACGAACUCGGAUGCGUCGCACGACUUGUCUAAUCAACGCGGGGGUGAACGAUCUCCGUGAAGGCAAAUGUCCGAGAUGGUUGGAUCAUCGGUCUCGCGGCGACAUACACACGAAGGGAGACGUUUGUAACUGUCGCGAGUGAGUUCGUGCGAGGCUGGAUGUUCGCCAGCUCGAUCGACACGGACAUCGGACGGCGAUUGGACCAGGAGCGUAUCGUUCGAAGGAAGCAGAGGAAUCGGAAAAAGUAGGAUAUCGAAGGGCCGAGAAGACGAUAGACGAGCGACUCGCCAGAUCAAGAACUGCAAGUGUGAAGAAGAAGAAGGGAAAGAAGCGAAGGAGAGAAAAGCAGAGGGAGAGAGAGAGAAAAUCGAAACAAAGCGUGGCCGUGUGUGCGAGAGGAGCUCGCGGCAGGAGCAGCCACGGAGGCAGAGCGAGAGAGGUGGAGUGAACGGACGAUAAUCGAGGAUUUGAAUGGGUGGGCCGGGAGCCGGUAGGGUUAGCAGGCACGAGCUGAACGCGGUGCCAAAGAGCGACGUCGGUCACGGGGAUCGGACCCUCGUAAUCGGCGAGCCAGCACCACCACCACCGGCCUGUCCGUAUCACCCGACUUCGGCUUCGAGUUCGGAACGCGCGAUCUCAGCAUCCGGCCACCUGGUCCCCGCCCAGCUGCCGCCUUCGCCGCCUCCACUCGCCUCGUUGCACAUCACCGUCAACAACUGCAGCUCUAUUGGCAACAACAAUACUAGCGCCAAGCCGGACGCGAUCUCGAACGGUACCAAGGCUGCUACGACCAUGUCCUCACCACCCAAGCAUCGAAGGGGCUUCGACCCCAACGACGUAAACGCCACAGACUAUCGCCGUUAUCGUCGCGUUAAAACGACGAAACGAGGCUUUGUAUGUUCCACACCGUGACCUUGGGCGCCGGACACAGACCUCCCCGACAUCUCCCGACAUAUAUCUGUCAGCACGAGGCAUUAAAACACACACAAGCUUGCGAUGUUCGAUGUUGGAUCGCUUACUGGUUGUACCCUCGUCACGAACGAAUGCGCUGAAAAUAAAUA